AUGCGCUCCUUUACGCCCAGUGAGAAAGAUGGGCAUGGGAGUAGACGAAGCUCUGUUAAUGCCAGGUUCCGAGCCAGCACGUCUGCCAUAGACAGACCUCAGACAUCUCUACGACAGUCCAGGAUUUCCUCUUUUCGCUCGAGUACACAACCGACAUACAAUCUACUCACAGGUGAUUCAAAUAUUCCUCGACCUCAAUCUCGACAAAGCCACGUCGCCGAGUCUGUCCGUCCCGGUUCGCGCGAAAGUCAUAAGGAGAACAUGGCGCCCCCGGACGCGGACGAGUACGAAAAGUACAGGCGAGAAAUCGAGUCAUUAAAAGCUGAGAUUGGGACGCUGCAAUAUCGAAUUCAGACUUCCGAGCAAGAGAAAGAGAUUGCGACAUCGGAACAAAGCAGCAAAUUGGAGCAAGCUCGACGGCGGGAGCAAGAUGAAGCGCAGCACCGACAAGCGGCUGAGGCUGAGCGCGAAAAGGCGGUAGCGCAAACAGAAGCCCUUCGAAGGGAGCUGCAGGAAGUUAAAGACUCGAUUGAUGGUGACAAGAAGCAACUAGAGCGCAAGGCUCGUGAAGCAGAGGACGAGGCCCGCUUGCUGCAGGAACAGCUUGAGGACUUAUCCACAGCGAAGGACGAUGCUGCCCGAAUUGCCGACCGAAAAGCCACAGACAUGGAGAUGCAGAUUGCCGCGGCGCAAAAGACAAUCCAAGAAUUUGAGCAGGAGAGUGAGCAGCGGGAGACUGUGCUGCAGCAGACACAAGCUCAAUUGGCCGAGAAGGAUGGAGUGAUCGCGAAUCUCGAGGCCGACGUCCUACGACUCAAAGCGCAAAGCGGCGACGCAGAGACGAUGGAGAUUAUCCGACAGGAACUUACCGAACAAGUUCAGCAUAUCCGAAACCUCGAGGCGACGAAUCGUGAUCAGCUCUCCGAACUUAAGCACCUACGAGCGUUGAGCAAAGCAGUUCAAGUUGUCGAAGAAGAGAAGCGAACACUGCAGCGAAAGUUGGAGGCGGCGGAAUUGGUUGAAGAAGAGCUUGCUGAGGCGCGUAUACAACGACAACGAUUAGAGGACGAGCGCUUGGCCUGGUCAGCGUAUCUUAGAAACGCGGCCGAGACAGACGAGUCUGAGUUUGACUCACCAGAAGCUGUUGCGAGAGCCCUUGUCGAGGAACGCUUGACAAAUGCCUCGUAUGUCGAAAAGGUGGGCGCUUUGCAAGCUGAGAUCACUGCUGCGCAGAAUACCAUCCAAUCGCUCCGCGACGAGCAGGUCCAACUUAGGAAUGAGGUUGAGAAUGCAAAGACUGUGGCAAAUGCCAGCAACGCCGACAAGGCCCGAAUGCGACUGGAGCGCCAACGUGCCCUGGCCGUCAAGGAAGUCGAAUAUCUCCGCGCACAGCUCAAGACCUUUGACACCGAGGACGAGACACUUCAACCAGAACAAUUCGACCAAGCCCGUGUACAGCGCGUGCAAGAGCUGGAGGAUCUUGUCGACAAGUAUAAGAUGGAAGUCCAGAACCUACACGCCGAGCUAUCGUCAAUCGAGCCCUCAGCACCAAGCACACCCCAACCCACGACAGGAAGCAAGCGCUCAAGAGCGGAGGAUGACAGUUCUCAAGAGCAACUCGGUCAACUCACGCGAAAGAAGCGUAUGCUAGAGGAGCAAUUGACAAAGUCGCAAAACAAGAUUGUCCUGCUGGAGAAGGACUUGUCCACCAGCAAGGAACAACUAAAAGCUGCUAAGCAACAAACGCAAACGCGUGUUUUAUCACUCAAGUCCAAUCCUACAUCGGACUUUGAAGCCAUCAAGCGCUCCACCCUCGAGGCACUGAAGAAGGAGAACGAAGACCUCCUCGCAACCCUCCAAUCCAAGACCGCCAACUCCUCCGUCCCCAUGAUCCCAACCUCCGUCCUCGCCGCAAUGGAGCGCGAGAUCACCGCUGCCAAGGCCGAAACCGCCUCCGCCGAGAAGCGCACGCGCCGCCUGAAAGAAGUCUGGGGCUCCAAGUCCCAAGAGUUCAAAGAAGCCAUCUUCUCCACGCUCGGCUGGACCGUGACGUUCAUCCCCAACGGCAAGAUGCGCGUCGAGAGCACGUUCUACCCCUCGCAGACAGACGAACACGAGAACUCGAUCGUGUUUGAUGGUGAGCGGGGUACGAUGAAGGUUGGCGGUGGGCCGAGGAGUGAUUUCGCGAGGAGGAUUAGUGAUCAGAUUGGGUUCUGGGUUCGGGAGAAGGGAUGCAUUCCUGGGUUUUUGGCGGCGCUGACGCUGGAGUUUUAUGAGGAGCAUACGAGGGCUUCUAAGUAG